AUGGACCACAUUGAAAAUGCUGAAGUUACCAGCAGUACUGUUGAAACUGUAGCUGGAGAGAUGGGGCGUCCCAGGUACAACUUAGAGAAGGAGAGACUUGUUGAGCUUUUGGAGAUAAAUCUGUCUGUGGACUGCAUCGCAAAGUUACUGUGUGUUUCAGCCAGUACAGUCAACAGACGGAUGAGGGAGUUUGGUCUCUCUGCCAGACAGAACUACAGCAAUGCUACUGAGCAGGAGCUUGAUAAUGCAGUCCAACGCAUCAAAAAUGAAAUGCCCACAGCAGGCUAUCGGAUGGUCAAAGGGAGGCUAAAGUCCAUGGGAAUCCACGUCCAGUGGAGGAGAGUUACUGCAUCAAUGCAUCGAGUGGACUCGCUUGGGAUUCUUUCUAGACUGACUGGAUUGGGCUGCAUUGUGCGAAGAACUUACUCUGUCAGGGGGCCCCUUUCACUGUGGCAUGUCGACACUAACCACAAACUUAUCAGGUACAACAUUGUACUUUUUGGUGCAGUGGACGGCUACUCCAGGAAGGUGAUGUGCUUGAAUGCAGCAACAAACAAUCGUGCAUCAACCGCAUUCACUGCCUUCAAAAAAGCUACUGAGAGGCAUGGAAUACCCUCAAGGGUGAGAGGUGAUCAGGGGUGGAGAAUGUUGAAAUAGCCCGAUAUAUGUUCACUGUCCGUGGAACUGAUCGAGGAAGCUUCAUGUCAGGAAAAAGCGUCCAUAAUCAAAGGAUUGAACGUUUGUGGCGGGAUGUCAUAACAUGUGUGAUAUCAAAAUAUUACAACGCACUCCACAGCCUAGAGAUGGAUCACCUUCUUGAUGUGUCCUCCAGAGAAGAUCUUUUGACAGUCCACCUGACAUUCCUUCCUAAACUGAAGGCAGACCUGGAGGCUUUUGUGGAAGGUUGGAACAACCACCCACUGAGAACAGAAGGGAAUAAAACUCCUGAGCAGAUUUGGCACUCAGGAAUGAUGCUUCGACCGAUUGACCAGCCAGAGAAUCUUGAGGAUAUUGACGAGCCGGACAUGGACUGGGAUGUUGCAGCUGACUAUGGAGAAGAUGUGGAUGGUGUGAUAGUAGUCCCUGAAUUUGAGUGUCCACUGAAUGAACAGCAGCUAGUAGAGCUUCAGGUGCUGAUUGAAGAAAAUGGAGACACUGACACUAGAGACCUUUACCUCCUAUGUCAUGAAUAUGUGCUUCAGGCUUUGUCAGGUGUUUAAUGUUUGUUUUUGUGAUCAGAAAGUGAUAUAAAUAAAAUAUACA